CGCAGUACAUCGCUCUUGGUGGCAAGCGUGAGUUAGACGUUGAGGGAUUAUUCAACGCCUGUAUCCUCAAUUAUCUCAGUCUGUGUUGGUGAAUCCACUGCAUUGCUGAGAUGGAUUUCCAGCACAGAGCUGGAGGAAAGACGGGGAGCGGAGGGGUUGCCUCCGCCUCCGAGAGCAACCGAGACCGCAGAGAGCGUUUAAGGCAGCUCGCCUUGGAAACCAUCGACAUCAACAAGGACCCGUACUUUAUGAAGAAUCAUCUUGGCUCUUACGAGUGUAAGCUAUGUCUCACACUUCACAACAACGAGGGUAGUUACCUGGCUCACACUCAAGGCAAGAAGCAUCAGACCAACUUGGCCAGAAGAGCGGCCAAGGAAGCCAAAGAAGCCCCUGCCCAGCCUGCCCCAGAGAAGGUCAAAGUCGAGGUGAAGAAGUUUGUGAAAAUCGGCCGACCGGGAUACAAAGUCACGAAACAGAGAGAUCCAGAGACUGGUCAACAGAGUCUGCUCUUCCAGAUUGAUUAUCCUGAGAUAGCUGAGGGCAUAGGGCCCAGGCAUCGUUUCAUGUCUGCGUAUGAGCAGCGGAUCGAACCUCCUGACAGACGCUGGCAGUACCUGCUGCUGGCUGCCGAACCCUAUGAGACCAUCGCCUUCAAGGUUCCCAGUAGAGAGAUAGACAAAGCAGAGGGGCGAUUUUGGACGCACUGGAACAAAGAAACCAAACAGUUCUUUCUCCAGUUCCACUUUAAGAUGGAGAAAGCUGUUCCUCCACCCGGCGGCCCUCCACCUCCGAUGGGGGUGAAACGACCCGCGCCGCUGAUGACGGGGCUCACCCCCCAACCCCCCAGCGACCCUAUGCCCCCACCUCCGCCCGGAGGCAUGCACAUGCCCCCGUUACCCCCCGGUGCUCCUGCCCCUCCCCAAAUGCCCCCUCAGAUGCCCCCUCCCGGUGGCCUUCCGCCCCACCUGCGGCCGCCCCUGUCUGCCGACGGUCCAGCCGGGAUCCCUCCACCCCCACCCAGCAGCUGAGGAGAUUCAGGAUCCCGAAAUCGGCUUUGGAUUUAAUAUUAAUUUGUUUUUUACUGUGGA